AUGAAAAAGCGACAAAUUCUAAGCAGCUAUAAUAAUUUGAAAUCACACCAAGCAAAAUUACAAAUGCAAAACCACCGUUACCUUCGUGCCGAAUCUUUGGCAAAACAAGUUUGGGAGAUGGUAAGAAAUGACGAUACUCCUGAUGUUAAGAAGUUUUUAGAUAUUGUUCCUCAUGUUAUAGAAUCACCGCCUCAACCUAAUCCUGUAAAACAUACAAAGGAAGAUGUCUCAAAACCAGUCAGUGCCAAAAUUUUAAAUAAUUGGCUUGAUGGCGAUUCUUUGAAUUUUUAUGUAAAAAUUACUUGUUUAUCUAGUGGUUUUGAAUUUUGCAAAACUCAUAUCUGCAAUGACAUCAACCCAGAAUGGAAUCAAGAAUUUUAUAUUCCAAUUUACGACAUUGAUAAAAAAUUCAAGAUUCGAGUUUAUAAUAAUAAUGCUUUCUUUAACCAUGAUGAUGAAAAAGUAAAAUCUCUCCACAAUGAUAUCUGGGGCACCGUAUUAACUACAGCACUCCUUAAAAUUUUAUAUACGGAUCACGUGAUGUGGACGAAUUCAUUUAAGGAAGCUGAAGUUUACUUGAAGAAAAUCGUUACAGAUACAAAACAAUUAUAUGGUUUGGCUGAAAAUUUUGCAAAUGAUCAUUUUAAAAUCAAUGAAGAGGAAGUAUUAGAACUUUCUUGGGCCAGUUGGAUUGGUGAAGCUGCUAUAGAUGUAUCUCAAUCAACAACAAAAACUAAAAGCAAAUUCGAAGCUACUAAAGAAUUUAUUGAAAAUAUUCUUAUAGAAACUACUAAUAAUCUUACUGGAAAACUCCUUAUCACUUCCAUUUAUCAAUGUGGUGAAGAAAUUGAAAUAACUGUACCUGAAAUUCAAAAUAAUGGAGAACAAUCGAAGAUGGUCAAAAAUGAAGAGAAACCUACUAUAAUUGUUAGGAAACAGAAGAAAAAAGAUCCUCAAUGUGAAAAGGAAAGCCAUGCCUAUUGUCACCAAAACCAAGAAAAAUCUGUAACUGAGGAAGAGUACAUUAAGGUUAUUAAAACUCAAACUGAAGAUGGUUUAUUUGAUAUUUUCAAACAAAUCACUGAUGAUCUUGGCAUAACUACAAAUGAAAUAUUUCAUGAAUAA